CAUACCUCUCAUUUUAUAUAUGUCCGUGAUUUCAACUUUGCUGCCAACACGGUUACAUUCUGCAGCUUAUGAAUAGCUUGAAUGUAAUUUUAUAUAUCUAUUAUUCAACAAUCCUUCGCUAUCAGGUGUUGCACAAACGUCGUUUAUCUCUUAAAGCAUGGACUUUUUUUCACUACGUGGGAGCCGACCACCUUGAAGCACUACAAUGCAUGUACUCUUUAGCAUCAGGUGCGGCUAGUAGAAACCAGUUGACUUAUUGUGCUUUUGGCCUACUAGUUAAACAAUGCUACGGCUCGGCUAGUGAUGGCCAUGGGAAUAUGAGGAUGAGUAAUGGUGUGGUUGCAUGGAAAUCUAGAUUCAUUCUCCGAGACGUGGGGGCCGUCAUCUCUCAGUCCCUGUGAAGAGGCUAACAUCGGAGUGUUCUCAGAUUAUCCAUGAAUUCUCUAACCUUCUCCUCAAAUAGUUUAGUUGUGGAUCGGUUGCCUGCUCAGCCCACCGAGCAAACGGAGGUUCAGGGUGCCGAGAGAUGAUACUCUCAUAGAAACUCAUUUACUCCGAAGGGGCCAUACACUCCCCUUGACUGCGCUUGACUUCCCUUGCUAGGUCUUCUACAAUUUCACCUGGGUAUGUUUCAAACAAGAAACUUCUACAAGGAGCACCCUUACCUGCGUCUUACCGAAAGGAACCUUGUGUUUACUGUCGGAAAUUGCGCUCACGGUUUCCUGGGCCUCGAAACCAUGUCCCACUGUCCCCGAGAAGAGAGUGUGUUCAGUGGACGGAAAAAAAAAAAAAAAAAAAAAAUCGCAUCACUAGAUAAGAGGUCUUUUUCCUCCAUUCUGGAUGAUACCCGAAUCUUCCAAGUUAUGGACCACAGCCCAAUGCCCCGUACAUGGUGGACAAUCAAUACAAUUACUUCAAAGUUGCACCAGAUAAAGGAGAACAAAAUGGGCCGGUGCGGCUUGAAUCUGGUAGCUUUGAGAGCUACAUAUCAAUGUUUAACACGCCAGAUGCCAACUCAAAAAACCCUACUGGAGGUUCUUCAAACAUUACUACCACAGCUAGUAGCUACUGGUUGCCGAAACUUGCGCCUUUGGGGAAGCAACCAAUUGCAGGAAAAGACUAUGAGCUCUACAGAGAUGUUGUAGAGUAUGGUGCAGACAAUACAGGAAAGGAGGAUGCCACAGAGGCAAUAAAUGCAGCAAUUAAAGAUGGCAAUCGUUGUGGUUUGGAAUGCGGAAAUACCUUUGCACAAGGAGCCAUAAUCUACUUUCCACCUGGCACAUAUAAAAUCUGUCGACCUGUCAUCCAGCUAUACUAUACUCAGUUCAUUGGUGAUGCUCUAGACCCGCCUACAAUCAAAGGGUGCGAUACCUUUCAAGGCAUUGCCCUUUUUGAUACAGAUCCAUACAUCCCUAAUGGUAAUGGUCAAAAUUGGUACAUUAACCAAAACCAGUUUUUCCGUCAGAUUCGUAAUUUUAUCUUUGACCUAACAGAGAUGCCUUUGACCACGGACGACCAUGACCAGCCACUUGUGCCCACGGGUAUCCACUGGCAGGUUUCCCAGGCUUGCUCAUUACAAAAUCUGGUCUUCAACAUGCCGGAGGCGACUGACAGUAACAAAGUCACUCAUGUGGGUAUCUUCAUGGAAAAUGGCAGUGGCGGAUUUGUCUCGGAUCUAGUGUUCAAUGGGGGUAAUAUCGGCUGGCGUGCUGGUUCCCAGCAGUAUACAGCAAUGAACCUCAAGUUCAAUGGGUGCCUCACGGCAGUUCAAAUGAUUUGGGACUGGGGCUUCAAUUGGCAACGCAUUGAAGUUGACGGCGGGGCAAUUGCAUUUAACAUUAGUGGUAGGGGUGGUAGCACUGGACAGGGCAUAGGCUCUGUCUCCAUCAUUGACUCGAAGAUAUCCAAUUGCCCAAUUGCUAUCUUGACCAACUCUCGCGAAGAUAGGAUCAAUGGCCCCCCCAAUAUUGUUAUUGACAAUUUGGAGAUGAUCAAUGUUGAAACAACAGUUAAGAGUGAGAAUGGUGAUGUAAUCCUUGAUGGUACUGACCAUGUUGGCCUCUGGGCAAUUGGGCGUCGUUAUAAAGGAUACAAAGGAACUUAUGUUUCCGGUGAUGUUGAAGCACCUUCAAAAGGGAAACGCUUGCUGGAUAAAGAUGGAAAGCUCUUCUAUCGACCUCGCCCUCAAUAUGAAGACCUCGGAGUGGACCAAUUUCUUAUUGCCACUGAAAAUGGCUGUAAGAAUGAUGGAACUGGUGAUAACGCGGGAGAUAUUAAUGCUUUUCUUGAAAAGGCGACUAAGGAACGCAAGAUUGCAUACUUCCCAGCAGGUAUCUACAGAGUUGGCGGCACCGUAUUAAUUCCGACAGGCUCCAGAGUGCAAGGUUCCAGCUGGUCACAAAUACAGGGAGCUGGAUUCUAUUUCAAUGACAUUCACAAUCCACGCGUGGUAGUACAGGUCGGGAAGAAAGGCGAUGUGGGUGACAUGGAGAUAGUUGAUAUGAUGUUCACUGUCCAAGGAGCUACAGCUGGUGCUAUAGUCCUUGAAUGGAAUGUGCAUGAGGACAGUCAAGGAUCUGCUGCUAUGUGGGACUCACAUGUUCGUGUGGGAGGAGCUCUUGGUACGGAUCUAGAUAUAGAGACUUGCCCAAAGUUUGAGUUUAGUGAUGCUUGCAUUUGCGCUUCGCUCUUGUUCCACGUCACGCCUCAGGCCUCAGGUUAUUUUGAGAAUGUUUGGAUAUGGCUUGCGGACCAUGACAAUGACAUGAGUGUCUAUGAUUCCCCUGACAAGAUAGCGAAUCAAAUUAGUAUAUAUGCCGCUCGUGGAACACUGAUAGAGUCUGAAGGGCCCUCUUGGUUCUAUGGUACCGGUUCUGAACACACUGUCCUGUACCAAUAUCAAGUGUAUGGAGCGAAAGAUAUAUAUCUCGGCCAUAUUCAAACAGAAACUCCAUAUUAUCAGCCAGUUCCUAUAGCGCCUUUACCAUUCUACUCUGCCAAGAAAUUUCCUGGUGAUCCAUCUUUUGAGGAGUGCAGGACCACUGGCUGUUCAACUGCUUGGGGUCUGCGCAUCAUCAACUCGGAAGGUGUAACACUUCACAGUUCAGGAUUAUACAGCUUUUUCCAGGAGUAUUACCAGGACUGCGUUCCAACACAUAACUGUCAAGAGCGUGUUCUCGAAGUUAGAGGCAGUAAAGAUGUUGCCCUUUUCAACAUUUUCACUGUUGGAAUCGUGGAAAUCGGAACUGGAAUAAACAACGGUGCCGUUUUCCAGAAUGAUUCAAAUCAAAGUGGAUUCACUACGGAAGUUAGCGUUUGGCUUCCUUUGCCAGGGGACGAUGAAUAUGAUAUUGUUUAUGUCGGUCCUGAUGUGUAUGAUAAUCCCUCAGUUACAUGCCCUGCCGAUUGCAUUCUUGUGUUUCCGACUAGUUCACUUGCUUCACCGACAACCAUUGAUCCAGGUGACUAUACAACUUCUCUUGAGUAUGGACACCACGGCACAACAACCAUUGGUGGGAGAGAAGUUCCCACAUUCUACACAACAGUCACCACAAUCACAUUGGAUAUAGACCCAAUCACUACAGAUGGAAUGCCCUACUCAAACAUUAAUAUCACUGAAGGACAGCCAAGUGCUACACUCACUGUACUGCCUAGUGUUGAUAUUCCACCCAUCCCUGUGCCCAUGCCAGAUGGAGAAGGGAAAACAACCACUCGGAAUGUCACAGUUCCACCGUGGCCAGCUAUUACCAGAGGACCACCGGAGAGCUGGAGCAAUCCUAAUACCUCCCCUACAGAUGGCACCAAGGAAGGGGUUUACCACACUCCUUUUGUGACCACUGUUGUUGCCACUCAUCCAACUGUCUCAACCCUUUCGUUUCCAUCAACUGUUAGUCCGAUUGUGGUUAAAUGUCCUCCUAACUCAAAAGUUCCUUUCAAUACUCCGAAAACAACGCCUACAAUCUAUUGUAGAGUGCCCACAACAGUGUCUGUUGCCUUCACUUGUCCUGCAACAAAGGUUGUUACAUUUAUUGGUUCCUCUACUGGUGUUUUUACAGUUGACUGCACUGUCUCAACAACCUUCACCAAGCCGGAGGAAACAAUUACCCCUGGCCCCACAAAUGAACCGACAACUACCCUGCCACUGCCAGCGUGGACCACAUGGCCACCUGGGGCCAUCACACCAGUUGAAGAAGAGAUCGAAGAGCCAGAACCAGGUAAAACGACUUGUGAUCUCUGGUUUUUUUCAAUAUGUCUGAACAGAGAUAACUCUAUUUUUGGAGGAUUACGCUGGAUUCUUCCACCUGGCAUAUACCCACCGGGACCGCCACCUGCGCGCGCGAUAAAUCUUCCUCCAUCAUGGACAAUAAAGCCUCCUCUCCCACCUUGGCCACCAAUAACUGUUGGUCGAGAUAAUAUCAUAACAUACCCCAAGGAGGAGCCUACUAAGUGCGAGAAAACAUCGGCUUCAAUUUGCGCAACAAGUGUCUUCAAGACAACGACCACUAAGGGUCCAAUCACAUCUACAAUCACAUCCACCAGUUCGACAUGCAAUACAAUUUAUGGAUGUUCAGCAUCAGAUUGGGACACCACAACAACACAGACACAGACGGGUAACUGUCAAUUGCCAACAGCUCUAUCAGCUCAAGCUGCCGCAGCGCCGCCCAUACCGCCUCCCGGCUGCCCUGCAAAUGCCAUAGUGUAUCCAUCCGACAUGAAGGAUGUGGGGCAAAUCCCUCAGCUUCUCGAAAAGUACGAAGGAAAAUAUGUUGAGAUCAAGUCGGAGGUGCUCCGCCUCACAACAUUCUUCUGGGUGCCUUUCUUGGAUCAAGAGACGAUGAACGCCUUGUUACAAUCUCCUGAUGUUUCCGAGGCUUAUUACUAUGAAAGGUGGAAUGCACAAGUGCACCCGCCCGAUCCACGUAGCAGCUCCAAGGGUAGAAGUCACCUCGCUGUAGCUUCCACUCUUCACGGCCAGAAGAAUGGUAAUCACUUUACAAACGGCAACAAGACAGUUCUGGAUGCGGGUAAUGCGACUCAAUUCAAUAAGCGAGCGGUGAAGACACGAGAGCAUGGCCUCAUUUGGGAUCUCUCCCAGAUCUCCAUGCCGAGAGGCAGUAUUUGGAGAUCCCCUACGAGCCAUACGGUAGGGGACGACGAAGAGUUCCUAUUCCAUUAUGAUGACAUCUCAGGAGACGACCAGUAUAUAUAUAUAUUUGACGAAGAUGGCGUCUGGAAUGACCAUCCUGAAAUGGCUUAUCACGAUGACAUCGAAAUUUUGGAGCCAUAUAUCCCUUACGGCUAUGUUGGUCCCAUUCAACCGGACUUAAAGCACGGAACUCGAGUGGCUUCCAAGAUUUUAGGAGCUAAUUUGGGCAUAUGUCAAAGGUGUACACUCAUCGUUGUCAACCUCUAUGGCUCAAGUCAAGCUCCGCUGAGCGACUUGAUUCAGGAACGAUACGUUGAACAACUGCUACACGUCCUGGAAGAUGUUACUCAAAAGCGUCGCAAUGGUAAGGCAGUUAUUAACAUGAGCUUUCAGUUCGCCGAGCACCUCUUGAGAGUGCCAUUUUUAAAUCGACUGUAUGAACUCUUUACUCUCUUAGACGACCAGAAUGUUGCUCUCCUCGCUGCGUCUAGCAAUGACGGUAAUCAGUACCGACCGAUCAACACUUACCCUUCUUUAUUCGGAGAUCCUACAUCUCCACUGUACUUAAAAAACCUUAUUGUUGUUGGGGCGACAAAUGAAGAUGGCCAUCUCGCAGAUUUCAGCCAUUAUUCUAACUGGAUGACUACAUUUGCUCCUGGUGAAGAUGUUUAUGCUCCGACUUUAGAUGAAGGUGGAUACGAGACUGAUGACGGAACCUCUCUUUCUGUCGCACUAGUAUCUGGUUUGGUAGGAUACUAUCGAUCGUUACCAUCUCCCUGGGAAGCCCAACUGCAGUCUCCUGCCAAUGUAAAGAAGAUGAUCAAGAUUUUUCACCGCCGUUUUGCUGUCCAGGGUGAACCGGUGAACUUUGCAAUGAUGAAACCCACCAUCUGGAAUGCUCAGGUUGGAGCACGUUCAUGUUUAUCUGACUAUCACGAAAUUCCUCAAUGGGAUGUCAACCGCGUAUGCCCUCAAAUCGAAUUGGAUCUUGAAAAUGAUUUCAAUGAAGGAGAAACUGUGGAACCUUGCGGCCCUGUAAUUAGCAACUCACUUCAGAAAUUGGCCGGCUCUUAUUGUCCCAAUAUUCCUGGUGCUGGCUCUGGCGGGCACACUGUUAGCUUCACAAGUAAUGGCGGAGCGAAGCCAUCGCCUACAUGCGCAUCUGGAACCGGCUGUGGUGGCCACUUAUGCACCGGCUUUUUCUGUUCGCCCAUGCCAACAGGAGUCCCCCCGGAUCGCCAUGACCCAAAAGACCCAAAUGCAGGCAAUCCGGUGCCGACGACCACCAGGCCUAGCGACCCAGACCCCACAUGCGAUGACAAAUGCAAGUUGGACAGGGGCAACCGAUGUGCAUGUAAUGAGAAUGGAUGUGAUGAUCAAUCACCAGGCUGCUGUGCCAAUGCCAGCUGUCCCUAUUGCGAAUGUAAUGAGAAUAGCUGUUCCCCUGGCUCACCUUGGUGCUGUGCAAACGAUACGUGUGAGUGGUCAAGAACAGGUGGUGGUGGAGGGUACAAUCCUCGUCCAAAACCAAGGACUGGAUUUGUUUUGAUUUCUGUGUCUAGUGUCGAAAAUCCCGCUCCACCAUAUAUUCAUCACUAUUGGGAAGUCUGGUCCAAACUGCAUCCAAAUAAAGUUGAUCUGUGUGGGGAUGAGCCUCUUGUGAAAGAAAAAACAGAUGAUGUGAAAGGGGCAUUCCCUCCCUCCCUUGGACCAUUUACUGCAAAUGGGGUUACAUGCGAAUACAUUGGUGACAAGAAACAGGCUGGUAAGCUGGAAUGUGAUACUAAUGUCGCCAAAACUUCAUGUAGGGCUCUGGAUCCAAUCGAGACAUAUGAAUGUACCCUGGAAAACCCGAUAAAACACCUCACUGUGCAGUGUGAGUGGGAAGCGGUUGACUAGGAAAGGAGGGAUUUAUCGAGAAAGUGAUUUUCGGAAAGACAGAAGAAAGAGAUACAACAUUGUUUUGAUAUGUUAACUUGUGAUGUAUAUGAACUUUUAGACUCAUUGUGGUUGAAUCUCAGUUGUCAACUUGUCAUUAGGAUAUCUUUGAUUUCCCAGACGUAUCAAUGGCUGUUGAGUGUAUGUUGAAUUGUAAUUUGUCUUCUACUAUUACUGUCAAUUCAUCAGACACAUCAAUGUCUAUUAUAUUAGCCUCUAGCAAUCCCGCAACUAUGAAGAUGAUGAGAGUAACCUCAGUUUUAACUUAUA